GCCAUUUGUGUGUACAGGAGUGGAGUCGAGCAGAGAGAGUUGCUUUUGCAUGAAACGGGAGUAAAGUAGUGAACUUAGAGUAUCGUAGUGAACAAACUAAAGUAUCGAUCAUAUACCACUACCAACGUUUGGAUCGAUAUCUGCAUCGAUCUGCCCACCCUUGUCUCCUGGAUUGUAGCUGAGAUCAGCGUGAACCACGUGGGUCUCUGCUCCCUGAUCUGUUUCCUGUUCCGGAUUCAUCACGGAGUUUCUCUCGGUUUGUGGGCUCAUCUAAAGGUCUCUCAGGUCAGCUGACAAGCUGCUCCUGGAUGUACCCAGGUCCAAGAGGAAGCUCAGAGGGGACAGGGCCUUCUCUAUUGCUGCUCCUAAUCUGUGGAACAAUCUGCCCCAGCACAUUAGAGAGGCCCCUUCACUGUCCACUUUUAAAACACAUCUUAAAACCCAUUUUUACUCCUUGGCAUAUGACACAGUCUGACCCGAUUUUAUUGAUUUUAUUGUUUUGAUCUAAUGUGCUGAUUUUAUUGUUUUAAAUGUAAUUCUCAUCAUCAUUUUUUAUACUAUUUUAUUAUUGUCUUUGCUAUUUGUGCUAAUUUUAUUUAUUUUAAUGUCAUUUUAAUAAUCAUUUUUAUAUAUAUAUUUUAUUUAUUUUUAUAUUAUUAUUUUUCUUAUUUUUUAACAUAUUCAAUGUAUCACUUUGGCAUGUCAAGUGUACAGCACUUUGUGUUCAGCUGGGGGCUGAUCUGAAAGUGCUAUAUAAAUAAAUUGCUUGCUUGCUUGCUAUCUAUACUUUUGUGUCCCAGCUGAGUAACAGGAGGAGAAGAGUCUGGUGGAGCAGCAGAGAAACAAUUUCAGCCAUCUGGACUCAGCCACUACAGAGGAAACAAUGACUUCAACACAGGAGGACGAACAUGGGUUGAGAAGUCAGCGCUCUCAGGAGGCCGACAAACCUCACAGAAGAAAGGGAGAGAAAAGAUACAGCUGUGAUGUGUGUGGGAAGGUUUUUGCUCACAGUAGCAACUUACGACAUCAUCAAGUUACCCACUCUGGAGUUAAGGCGUACAGCUGUGACUUGUGUGGAAAGUCUUUUACCCAGGCUGGAAGCUUAAAAACACACAGACUCCUGCACACUGGAGUUAAACCGUACAGCUGUGAUCAGUGUGGUAAAGCUUUUGCUUGCAGUAGCAACUUACAUCGUCAUCAAGUUACCCACUCUGGAAUAAAAGCGUACAGCUGUGAUGAGUGUGGAAAGUCUUUCGCCCUGGCUGCAAGCUUAAAAACACACAAACGCAUCCACAGUGGAGUUAAACCGUACAGCUGUGAUCAGUGUGGUAAAGCUUUUGCUGACAGUAGAAGCUUACGGAGUCAUCAAGUUAUCCACUCUGGAAUUAAGGCGUACAGCUGUGAUCAGUGUGGUAAAGCUUUUGCUUACAGCAGUGGCUUAAGGGGUCAUAAAGUUACCCACUCUGGAAUUAAGGCAUACAUCUGUGAUCAGUGUGGUAAAGCUUUUGCUCGAAGUAGCGACUUAAGAAUUCAUCAAGUUACCCACUCUGAAAUUAAUGCGUACAGCUGUGACAUUUGUGGAAAAACCUUUCGCCGGCUCCUCAGCCGAAAUAUUCACCAACGCAUUCACACCCAAAAUGAUUUUUGCUUCUGUGAUCAGUGUGGCAAACGGUUUGUGGCAUACAAAUAUUUACAGCGGCACAUGUUUACCCACACUGAGGAGAGACCUUAUAAAUGUGAGCUGUGUGAGAAGACUUUUAAAACUCAACGUUACCUGAGAGUCCACCAACAGAUUCACAACAGAAAGAAACUCUACAAGUGCAGUUACUGUGAGAGCAAAACAGAUGGAUCCUGUUCUCAACCCUGUCACCGCUGUGGUGGUGGGAAAGAGUUUCGUUGUGACCUUUGUGGAAAAACGUUCAUUCACCAGCGAAGCUUAGAACUACAUCAGCGCAGACACACUGGAGAAAAAAUGAACUACUGCAAAGAAUGUGGGAGAGGAUUCCCCACAUCAAGUGAAUUAAAAAAACACGAACUCUGUCACAGUGGGGUUAAAAACCACAUCUGUGACCACUGUGGGUUAUCUUUCUUCACUGCAGGUCAUCUUACAACACACAAACAAGACCACACAGGAGAGAAACCAUAUAAGUGCAGACGCUGUGACAAACGCUUCUCACAUUCAAGUCGUUGUAAUGAUCAUGAAGAUACACACAUUGAAGGGAACUUCAGCUGUGACCAGUGUGACAAGAGCUUCAAGAAUCUCAGUUCAUACUCCAAACACAAGCGAUCCCACGCUGUAAAUAAACUGUUUCACUGUUACCAAUGUGCAAAAACGUUCACUUCAUUAUCUGCUCUGUGCAAACAUCAGCGUGAUCAUGCAGAACUGAAAUCACUGGAUCACAAUGAAUCUGAAGAGAUGGAAAGAUCCUCUUCUGGUUUCAGGGUCAGACUUAAAAACCUUGAGAUCAGGCUCCACAGAGUUCAGCUGGAAUUUCCUCUAAAGAGUGUCAGCUGAUGUCACACUUGGAUCUGAUGAGGUAGCUCUGCUUUCUGGAGCUGCAGUGAAUAAACCUGAAUCUUAAAUUUAGGAAGCUGCAAGUAUAGAUGUGUACAUCAAUUGUUUUCUUUUUUCUUUGAGAGACUUUAAUUCUGUAAAAUAAACUUUAAUGUUUAAAAUGUUUGUCCUAUAGAAAAUAAGAGAGGAGAGUUGUUGAUUCUUGUUUAACUCUUAUCUGAAUAGCACUUACCUGAGUGCCUUGCUAGCUGCUAUCCUACUUCCUAGGCCUUAUUCCUUGAAGAAAAGAUUUACCUGAAGAAGCACUUAUACCUGAGUCAAGUUAUUGUAAAAUCACUCACCUUCACACAUUCUUUAUUGUCAGAUGUCUGCAUAUUGCUGAUUAAACCUACUAAACAUUUUUA